CAAUAAAAUGAGUUAAAGUUUCACUGUAGCAGGAAGUUCUCCCAGCUAGUGAGCUUCACUCUGUUAGUGCUGAGCCAGAAGGGGAUCUGUCCUGACAGGUAUUAUUUCUCAUUAUGGCAAGAGCACAGCUGCUGGUCCUGAGUCUACUUGUUUGCUCUGCUUAUGGAGCUGGUUUAGAGGAUAGGAAAGGACCAUUAGGUGAUCAAGAACUGAAAGUACCAGAAGCCACACCAGUGCCAUACGCUAUUUUUCAGUUUACAUCCGCAGUAGAGGGCGUGUCGUCAUAUCUCGUGAGCGGUGAGACAGAGGGGAAGAUUUACAUAAGUAAAGAUGGUUGGCUGUACCUUGAAAAAGCACUGGAAUGGAGCCCAGGAAAAAACCAUACCCUGAGUAUUGAGGCACAUUCAGAUGCCGGUGAGACCAUUGAUGGACCUUACACAGUUGUUCUCCAUGUUGUGGAUGUCAACAACAAUCCUCCUAUCUUCACUGAGAACCAGUAUAGUGGAACAAUCAAAGAGCAUUCACCUGCAGGAGUUCCAUUUGUACGUGUGUUUGCCAUGGAUGCUGAUGAUCCGGACACACCCAAUUCACAGCUGAGCUACAGCAUCGAGAGCCAAAUCCCCAACCAUAACGAAGUGGCUUUCUUUACCAUUGACCCAAACACUGGGGAAAUUUCCACCACCGAAGAGGGAGCUGCAUUAAUAAGAGCUAGAACUGGAGUGAUGUACAGUCGAGGAGAAGCCCGGGGGAAUGUUGAUGUUCUGAAGAAGAAGUUUGAAGAAUUCUGCACUCCAAGGAACGAGAUACCCCUCGAGAACAACCCCUUCUUCACCUGUGUCCAACGUGUUGAGAACAGGCAACUCAAUGUCAUACUUGAUCCAGACUACAUUCUAAUAGUGAGAGUGACGGAUUUAGAUCGGGCUCCGACCGCUCUGAGCAGCAUUGCAAGGGUCAAUAUCGCUGUGACUCCGAAUUUGUGGAUUAAUCCUGGAACAAUCGUCAUCAGGGAGAAUUUUGUAUCCGAAUACCCCAAGUUGAUAGCCACGGUGCGUGCCAAUGACCCCAAUGCAGUCUACAAGUUAGUGCAAAAGGAGAGAGAGAUUCCAUUCCCUUUCAUUAUCAAUGAAAAUGGAGAGAUUUACGUCACUGAGCCACUAGACAGAGAGCUCAAGGACAUGUACAUCCUAGUGGUCUUGGCCGAGAAUGAGCAAGGUGUCCAGCUGGAAUCUCCUAUGGAGAUCCACGUUGAAGUAGCAGAUGUGAAUGAUAACGCUCCCGUGUGUAUCAAAGACAAAGCUGUGUUUGAGGUGCAGGAGAAUCAGGAAAUUGAUAGCUACGUCGGAGAUGUGUUGGCUCACGAUGCCGAUAAAGAGAACACGCAAAACUCGUUGCUGACCUACAAGCUUUUGAGCCAGACCCCCACCAGUCCGUCUGAUGGAAUGUUUUUCAUUGACCAAGCACGUGGAAGUAUCCAAGUGGCCAAACAUAACUUCCGGAGAAAGGAUGUGCCUCAAUAUCAACUCAAGGUUUCAGUUACAGAUGGAGUUUACAGCACAGAGUGUGAUGUUAUCAUCAACAUCAUCGACCUCAAUAACGAGGUCCCCAUCUUUGAGAAGAAUGACUAUGGGAGAUACAGUAUACCAGAAUUAGCUGAACUGGGAACCACUGUGCUAACCAUCAAGGCCACGGACGCUGAUGAUCCAGGGACAGGCAGCUCUAAGGUAGAAUACCACAUCAGUGCAGGUGAUCCGAACCAUGUAUUCGCCAUAGAAGUUGAUGAUGCCACUGGAGAGGGCAGAGUCUACAUAGCACAGCCAUUGGAUUAUGAGGCUCAGUCUACCUAUAAGCUACAAAUCGAUGCCCGUAAUCCUGAGCCGCUGAUCCCGGGGGUGCAGUACGACAAUCACUCCAGCACCGUCGUUGUCAUUGAGCUGGUCGAUGUGGAUGAGCCUCCGGUAUUGAAUCUCGAUACUGUGAUCGUCAACAUCCCAGAAAAUGUCACUGUAGGAACCACCAUCUUGACAGCUGAUGCUAAAGAUCCAGAGGGACAUAAAAUCAUGUUUAAGCUGGAGGGAGAUGAGCAUGGCUGGCUGGACCUGAAUGCUGAAUCUGGGGAGUUGAAGACUAAAGCAGGGUUUGACAGAGAGGUGGUGGAUCAACUCAAUGUCCGAAUCAUCGCAUACGAGUCAGAGGGUCAGAUGCAGCAAACUGAAAGGGAUGUUUCCAUCCAGCUGAUGGAUGUAAAUGAUAACUACCCUAAGCUGCAGAAGACUCAGGGAUUCAUCUGUGUGAAGAAGCCAGAGCCCUUGUUGUUGUCUGCUGUGGACGGAGAUGCCGAACCGUUCGGAGAACCCUUUACCUUCACUCUGCAGCCAGCCCGCAAAUCUCCUAACUGGGAGAUCACACCAGUGGACGGCACCUCAGCUAAGCUCAUUCUGAAGAAGAAGCCCACCACUGACCAGACCUUCAACAUCGCCAUCAACAUCAAGGACAACGCAGGUGUAGGUAUUACACAGAAGUUUGAAGUGAGAGUAUGUAACUGUACUGAGCUGGGUUACUGUUACGUUGAGCCAGGGAAGCAUGCCUGGAAGUUUGGCGUGUCCACUACAGUGGCCAUUCUAGGAGGAGUUUUGGGAUUUAUCAUUUUGUUCCUGGGUUUUGUAAUAUGCCGCACCAAGAAGAAUGAAAAGAAGAAGAAGGAGACCACGACGGCUGAUGGGGAAACCAACGCCAUGCUGUAGAUGCCAUGCUCAGUUACACACACCGGAUUAUUCAGUUCACAUGCAGUGUUGAUAGCGCGUGGUUUUGUGUUUUUUGUAUUUUAUUUGGCAGGUAAUUUAAAGGAACCGUUGAACUAUGUAAUACUGUAAUGCACUGGAUUUGUUCCUUUCGGCUUCCAGAAAUACUUUUCACCUUGAGUCACAGAAAAUGUUUUGCUAGCUCUUAGAAUAAAUGCUUUUUAAACAGAAAUACAAAAUACCUGAUUUAGCCAAGGGUUUGACGUAACACUCCAUCUGCUCUCUGUUAUAUAAUCUCUCCAUCUGUAAUUCCUCACCUGAAUGGCCAGUGUUGUUUGCUGCUGUUGAUUUUGUUUGUUGAUUUUAUGAGUGCGUGUGUGUGUGUGUUUGUGGUCAGUGAAGGGUUGGGGCACAUGAAUCUGUGCUUUAUUAGAAUGUAACUGCUUGUAGUAUUAUAAAGAGAAGACACUAGAUACUGUAACGCUGUGUAGAUUAAUAUAUUUAUUCUCAUGAACUUUAAUCAGUCGAAAAUGUCUAAAAAUUUUAUCACCCUUACCCCCUUUAACCCAAACUCAGGUCCAAGUCAGAAUUAAGAAUGGAAAGCCAAGCUAUGCUGUACUACAUGAAUCCUAAGCAGUAGAUUUGGGUUUGUCUUAAUAAACAUUUGACAGAGUAGAUGUUUAUGGUAUACUUAUUUAUAUAAAGGUAUCAUCAAAUCUACAAAACUUCACUAUUAAACAGAUCUGCUGAACACUG